CCAAAGCAGAUUUCAAUCAGGAUUGAAGAGAUUUUCGAAAGCGCUUUCAUGGCUGUUGGGUUGUGCCUACUCGGGCAGGUUUCUUUUUAGUGUGGGUGUGUAAAGAAAGCGAUGUGUUUCGACCGUUAGUACUUAGCUUACCGUGUGGAGUAUGCAAAUGCUGCUUCGAAUGUCUUUCUCGGUCUUAGCAGCGAUUCUUUUCACUUCCUGUGCCAGCUCUCUUGCGUACUGGAGUGGCAGGAACGCAUCGGUUGUACUGCGCAGGCUCCUUGAUGAGAAACAUUACGACAAGAGAUUUAGACCUGACUUUGAAGGCCGCCCCGUGAAAGUAUUGGUGACAGUGUUUGUUACAUCGCUGGGAGGAUUGGAUGAAAGAGAAAUGCAAUUUGAAAGCACAUUCUUUAUGAGACAAGUGUGGCAAGACUCUCGACUUCAGUUUGAGAAAGAUUAUGUUAAAAGAAAUCUGAGCCUGAAUGGAGACAUCAUGCAACAGAUUUGGAUACCAGACACCUACGUGAACAAUGAAAAGUCCAGCUCUGCACCAAAACAAGAAUUUCUACUCAUGGUUUUUCCAGAUGGAAAAAUCAUCUACAGUCAACGAAUGACUGUAAUUGCGGCUUGCAAGAUGGAUCUCCGGAAUUACCCCAUGGAUAAGCAAAACUGUAGUCUUCUCUUCGAAAGCUAUGGUAUGACCACAGAUGACCUAUUCUUCAAGUGGGACGUAAAGGACGGGAGUGACGAUCUGAAAACCGCCGUGGCAAUAGGAGACGAACUGAUCAUGUCACAGUUCGCACUCGAUGGAUAUUCAGUCCGUGAAAUAACAGCUUCCUAUGUUACAGGAAAUUUUUCCAUGCUGCAGCUAACUUUCUACAUUAGACGAAAAAAAUUCUACUACGUCGUUUCGAUUUAUAUUCCAACAAUUCUAAUCACCAUUUUGAGUUGGGUCUCCUUUUGGAUCCCACGAAACUCUCCACCAGCUCGGGUCGGGCUCGGAAUCACGACCGUCCUCGCCCUGACGACAUUGAUUUUCGGAAUUCAGUCGUCGAUGCCGAAAGUGAGCUACGUAAAAGCAAUUGACUGGUUUCUGUGUGUCUCCUUUCUCUACGUGUUCGCUGCUUUGGUCGAAUACCCGAGUUCCACUUUUGUCAAGUCUCAAGCCCAGAAACUGUCACGAAAGGGAACGAACAUUCUACGUAAGGUUAAAGGCCUGAAGGAAGACCCUGAAGAUAUUCCGUUAUCAGGGACAAGAUACGGUAGCACAGACAAGGAGGAAUCCGAUCUUCGUAAACUUUCUAGGAACAGAAUUGGAGACAUGAACAGCACCUACGACCAUUCGUUGCAUGAAAACAAUAUAGAUGGUGAUAGUCACCAGACCUCUCAAGGUCGCCGCAAACAAAUGUCAUCUGAAGACGAUGAUUUUGUGAAUAACUUUAGAGAUGACGUAACAGUGAAUACUGUUGAUAAAUACGCCAGGUUUUGUUUCCCAGUCUCAUAUUUACUUUUUAAUCUAUGUUAUUGGAUUGUCUUUUUGUCAACGUAAUCACUUGAUGUUCGGGAGGAAAAUCACAUAAGAAUUAUCGCAAUAUUUAACAAUUAUUUAUUUAUUCUAAUUGAAAGAGUACUGUUACGGAAACUUAGCACAGGCUAAUCAGCCACAAGCUAACCAGCCACAGGCUAACCAGCCACAAGCUAUGCCGUUUUUUCUGAGGCUCGAUAAAAUUUCCCCUAUUCGCAUAACUCUUUGGACUCGAGAUGGUUUUUUCAAAAAGUUGACAGACAGUUCCUGUAUGGGAAUUUGAAGCGCCAUUUUUCUCGUAUAGCAAUUUUAUGUCACAAAAAUAAAAUGAAGGGAUUUUUACAAGAAGACCAGAGUAAUUUAUUCAUUCAGUAAUCUAGUUUUUAAUUUUAUCUGGUUUACUCAAAUUAAGAACGUGUCAGGGGUUUGGCAAAAAAAAUAUUAGUGCUGGCCCAUGCGAACAGAGGGCGAAUUUCAAGGCCGAAGUCGUUAACUUCAAGAGAAAAUUGUUGCACCAGUCCUUUCCCCCUCGUGAAGAAACGCCUCUCGUGUGACGAUCAAUGCGAAUGUGCAUCUUUUUUAGCUAGAAUAAUUGUCUUGCAAGUACUGUUAAUAAAACUUG